GAGAGGGUUCUUGUGUCUACUCUCCUGUUUGUGUGGGCUGCCCUGGGCCCACACUCAAACACUCAAUAAGCUCUUCUGGCCUGGCCUGGCUUGGCCUGGCCUGGCCUAAGGGACCUCCCAGCUCUGACACUCUCUGCCCCAAGGGUCCGCCCAGCCCUGUUCUCAGCCUAGGCCAGGAGGGCUGGCACUGGGGGGCAGUGGAGCUCAUCUCCUAUCAGGGUGCAGCAGGAAGCGUCGCCCCAAAAGGGAAAGAAAGACAGCUCUCCUUUUUCAGAAGCACGAUCUCUGCCAGCUAGGGACCCUUGGGGGAUGAUGUCCGGCCUCUCUCUGCUCUCCACCCUCCUCCUCCUCUCUGCUCUGAGCUCUGCCUCCCAGGCCUGGGACCUGCAGCUGAAUUCUGGCCCACCCUCAGUGACUGUGCCCAUUGGGGGCACGGCCUGGCUGCCCUGUGAUCACAACGGGGGCUCCACUGUCAACGUGACUUGGUGGCGCAUCAUCAUGGGCAACUUAACAUGGCCCAAGAGCCUGGUACAUGGGCUCAUUCAGUCCAACGGGACGCUGGUCAUCUCGGGAGUGAACAAGAGCGAUGGAGGCAUGUACCAAUGUCAAAUCACCAAGAACCGCUCAGUCUUAGAGUCCUGUGGCACCUACCUCAGGGUCCGAGAGCCAAUACCCAGACCCUUCCUGGACAUGGGAGAGGCCACCAAGAACAGGAUCAUCACCGCAGAGGGCAUCAUCCUGCUCUUCUGCGCCGUUGUCCCCGGCACGCUGUUGCUCUUCAGGAAACGCUGGCAGAAUGAGAGGUAUGCUGUGGAUCACCUGGACUACUACGAUGAUGAGAACCUGUAUGAGGGCCUUAAUCUGGAUGACUGUGCCAUGUAUGAAGACAUCUCCCGGGGCCUGCAGGGGACCUACCAGGAUGCCACCACCCUCAGGGUGGGGGAUGUGCAGCUGGAGAAGCCGUGAGGGCCUGGCCUGGCCCCGCCCCCAGCCCCCAGGCCCCAGCCCUGCCUUCCAACUCCCCCAUGCAGGUCUUUCUGACUGUCCCACUGCUGCCUUAGGAGUGCGUUUGACUAGAUGGUAUCUCAGGGCCCUCCCAGUCCCUCUUCUAAGGCCUCUCCCACCUCUGACAUUCCCUGUUCUAGGGUCCCUACCACCUCUGACAUUCCUUGUUCUGCAGUCUCCCCUAAUAGCUUUGACAGUCCCUGCUCUAAGGUCCCUCCCACCUCUGACAUUCCCUGUUCUAGGGUCCCUCCCACCUCUGACAUUCCUUCUACUGAGGUCUCCCCUAGCUGCUCUGACAUUCUGUGUUCUACUUCCCAAUUAGGUCCUAGAUACCUAUUCUCCUCUCCCAUGCCAUGCCACCUUCUCUAUCCUCCUCAUGCCUUGACUCCUGACCCUUCAGUCUUACUGCCUUAUAAUUCAGGAGAUGCCUGAGGCCGGAUCCCUAGGGGUCCCCCUCCCCCCAAGCUUUGUCCUGGCUAUAAAUGCUAAUAAAGCUGUGGUCCCUUGGGAAGGAAGGGGCUCCAUCCCAGCAGGAGAGAUGGAUUGUGUGUAAAAGACCCUGCCACGGGGAUCCAGGCCUCCCCCCCUUGUCUCCUCAUUCCCAGCUGUGGCCAUCUUCAGUGCCUGGCCCCCCACCCCACACCCAGGGUGCCAGCUGGCUCAUCAUCAUGCCUGUCUCCUCUCUCAGGGCCCAAGUCCCCAGUUCUUUGGAAACCCACCUAGCUCCUCCCCAGCUGGAGCUGGGGAGUAAACAAGCCCCAUCCCCCUUCCCCUCUCUCUGCACCUGCUGCCCCACCCCUCCCUUGGGGGUAGGCGUGGGGGAAGAAACAGGAAGUACCCGCCAGAGGGGGCAGAAGAAAGGUGCUCUGAAUGAAUGGGGAUGGAUGUCUGCCCUGCUCAGGGACCCCGCAUCCAUAUGCCCUGAAGUCUGCUUAAGCGUCCCCUUCCCCACCCUAAGCCUCAUUUCUCUCCUGAGACCGAGAGUUCAUCUCUGUGGUACCUUCUCCUUUCUAGCCCUCAGUUUCUACCUCCUGUAAAAUGAAGUAUUUGGACUGGGUGACUUCUAAGGGUUCUAGGGCCUGAUGGGCAACCUCUGGGGCCCAUCAGCUCCCAGGGAGUGAAGAGGGUAAUGCCUUCCCAGAUGCAGCCCGAGCGGAAGCUCACGGAUAACGAAAGAGGGUCCAGACAGAGACUCGCCAGCUUCCAGAAGUUCAUCUAGAGGGGGCGGGAGGAUGCCAUGUGUACCCACAGAGGACCCCUUCCUCACCUAGCCCAGAAGAAAGGAGUUUUGCCAACCGGGCAUCUGCGCAGGCUGGUCCCCUAUCUCCCCUAUCUCCCCCAGCUAUGAGGGAUCAUUGGCAUAGGGCAUCCCCAUACCUUCUCUGCAACAUAAUGGGGUCGGGGGAGGGGGGAAAGACACUGACUUUGACCAACAUCCCAGAGUCUGUAUGUGUCAGUGAUACAAACCCAGGUCUUCCUGACUCAGAGGGGAUGUCCCCAUCCACUGCCACUAGGGUGAGAAAGAGCUGAGCCCCAGGAUGGGGAACUCAAUUAUCUGGAGGGAUGGGGGAGGGAUGGAAGGAGGAGGGAGACCUGGUAUGGGGGAUUCGAGAAAGAACAAAGAGGCCAAAAGACAGAGGAAAAACAGACGAGACACACAGAGCUGACAAGACAACACAGAGAGAAGUAGAGACACGCAAUGAAAUAGAGGCUGAGAAAUUGGAAGCUCUUCCCGAUCUGGCUGUAUCCUCUCCUUUCAGGCCCCCCCAUUUCUCCCACAUAUUCUACCUUUCGGUCAAACUAGCCCUACUCACUCUUCUCAUCUCCCAGUGGAGAACCUUUCCACAGGCUGGCCAGGAUGCCUGCUGUGCCCUGUCUCUGUACUUGGGCCUCCCAGAAGCCUCAGGACUCAACUGGGCUACCCCUUCCUCCCCUGUGAAGCCCUAAUGAACCUCCCCUGCCAAGCUACC